AUGAAAUCGCUGUUUGUUCUCACAACUCUAUUAUCGCCAUCUCCAUCACCAUCAUCAUCCUUCCACUGCGGAACUACUUCCUGCUUCCGCUGCAACGCGCAGAAAAUGCUGCCACACGCGCCGUCUAUAACCUCUAACAUCUCCCCGUCACUCCUCCCCACAGUUCAGUUGCUCAAACCCUCAGUUUUUCUCUCUAGACCCGCAAUUAAUCGAUCCUCCUUCAUGCCAUUGAUUAAGAACAACAAACUGUGGGUCGAGCCUUUGAGAUGCUCCGUCUCCGUAGUUGCAGAGCCCCCCCGUUUGGAAUCCGCCGACAAGCACAAGCCUUUUGCAGCUGAGCUCUCCCGAACGAUCGUGGAGUUAUCCUCUGUGGGCACCCUUUCAAUCCUCCCUCAGGACGGCUCGCCCUUAGGUUACGGCGUUCGAUUUGCUGUUGACUUGAAUGGAGCUCCGGUGUUGUGUUUGAAUGAGUUCGAUGUACGAUUUUCUCCUGAUAAUCGGAGAUGUAGCCUUCAUGUCCAGUUGGAGCAGUGUGGUCAGCGGACGCCUCAGUGUACCAUACAAGGGAACCUUGAGAAACCUGUAGAUAAGACGGUUUUGAGAAGACUCUGUUCAGCAUGGAAAAAGCGGUUUAACGAGGAAGUUGAAGAAAGCUGCAUCUAUUUCAUUGACGUUGAAAGGGUUCUUCAAAUAGAAGAUUAUGCCCAGGAUGGUGUUUGGGUUUCUUCAUCAGAAUAUGCAUCAGCUGAACCAGAUCCACUAAGAGACUGUGCAGAAAGAAUUGUUGAUGAGAUUAACACCCACAGCAAAGAAGAUGUUCAUCGAUUUUGUAACAUUUAUGCAGACUUGGAUUUCCAGGUACUGGAUGCCAAGAUGGUGUGGGUUGAUCGACUAGGCUUCGAUGUGCACGUGAGAUCUGUGCAUGACGACGUAUAUGAGGUCCGAAUACCUUUCCCUAGACAAGUUUCGGACGAGAAGGGUGCCAAAUCAUCGUUCAACGGUAUGUCUCAGCUCGCCUGGGAAGUCGAAAAGAACUUUCAUUCCCAUGAAUUCAGGAAGGUCAAACACCUGAAGAAGGUCACUAAGUCAAAUUAG